UCUCUCUCUGCUACAUCAAUGGCCUCUUUUGAUUUAAAGCCUCAAAACGACAACAAAGAGAAUGUCUCACCUUCAAACAUGGCCACGAUAUCUGCCAAGCCUAUGGAUUCUUCUUCAUCCAUUGAUAAAGACAAAACCCAAAUCAGAAUAAGAAGAAAGAGAUCUAGGCAGCCACUUCGAGAUAUCACCAAUCUCUUUGUUUCGUCAUCAACAUUGUCCUCCACGUUUGUGAUUCGUCACGUUCCCUCUUCGCCAUCACUAUCACUUGAUCCCAAAUGCAUGAAGAGAAGAUCUUUUGUUGUUGGUGUCAAGGCUGCUGCUACUUCUUCGAGCUUCUCUUGUAAAAAAUUUAGAUGAUUUUCUUCUUUUCUUUUCUUUUGAUUUUUGGAAAUUGUUGUUAAUCCUCUAGAUGGGUUCUUUUCCUUUUAUGAAAUCUGUAUCAGAAUUUGUAUUAGGGGUAUUUUAUCAAUACCCUGUCACGCAUUCAUGUCCCGACACAAAAUUUAUUUCCAUGAGUAUACUGGUUGUGAUUCUUAAAGAUCAUAUGUUCAAUAUCAGUAUAGUUUGUAUCCCUGAUCAACAAAUUGGACUCGACGCAUUAUACAUGUGAAUGUGAUCUGAUCUGGUUUGGUUAAUAACAUUUGAGAUGGAGAUAAAGUUAG